AUGUGGAACAACAACGAUCACGAGAUCACCGUCUUUCCACCUAAUUGUAGGGGGUUCUUGACGCCUCCUCCGGCGUCGUCGAACAGUUUAAAGCCUUCGUAUUCUUCAGUUACGUCAAUGACGGAAUGUAAGAGACGGUCUCCGGCGAAAAAUGGCGAUCGUUUUCACGCGGUUCACAAAAUUCCUGCCGGUAAUUCUCCCUAUGUCAGAGCCAAACAAGUUCAGCUGAUAGAGAAGAAUCCAGGCAAGGCAAUAUCUCUGUUUUGGUCUGCAAUAAAUGCAGGGGAUAGAGUUGACAGUGCGUUGAAGGACAUGGCGAUUGUGAUGAAGCAAUUGGAUCGGUCCGACGAGGCGAUCGAGGCGAUUAAAUCUUUUCGUCAUCUCUGUCCCCUUGAUUCUCAGGAAUCUAUUGACAAUGUGCUUGUUGAAUUGUACAAGAGGGCAGGAAGAAAUAAAGAGGAGAUUGAGAUGCUCGAAAACAAACUGAAAUGCAUUGAGGAAGGCACAGCUUUUGGUGGAAGAAGGAUAAAGACAGCAAGAUCUCAGGGGAAGAAGGUUCAUAUAACUAUUGAACAAGAAAAAGCAAGGAUAUUGGGAAACUUAGCCUGGGCUUACUUGCAGCAAAAUAAUUAUAUAACUGCAGAAGAAUAUUACAGGAAAUCUCUACUGCUGGAGUCGGACAAGAAUAAACAAUGCAAUUUAGCAAUCUGCUUGAUGCACAUGAACAGAAUACCAGAGGCAAAGUCUUUGCUUCAGGCUGUAAGAGCUUCGUCGGUUAAGAAUGUGAUGGAUGAGACGUAUGCCAAGUCAUUGGAACGUGCUCAUGAAAUGCUCACUAAACUCGAGACAGGAUCAGUUGGAGGCUGUGAAAAUAGCUGCAAAGAAAUGUCAACACUUUUAUUCUCUCCCACAAUACCAAGAUGGUCGCAAGACGCUCGAAAACAGGAUACAUAUCAAUUUGAGAAUAAUGGUAAUUUUGAGGCCAAUUUCACAGCGAGUGACAACGAUAAGAGUUUGCGUUUCAUGUCACUCAGAGAAGGAUGCAGUUUGAAAUAUACACAACAGGCUUGUCCAAAUAAGGCAGGCAUUAGUACAAGUAGAACAGAAGCAAGUUCUCUGAAGAAGACCUACUUUUCUCCAGCUCCAGAGAGGUUCAGUGUGCGAACUCCAUUUACACAGCCACGAAGAUGUUUGUGGGGUUUUAGUGAUGGAGAAGAGAGGAGACCAGAACAGUGGAGAAAACAUGUGGUUGGUAAUUCAAAUAAGCAUCCAUCAAAUGAAGAGGAUUGGAGAAGGAAGAAUUCUUCGGAAAACAGUGAUAAGAAGAAAUCUACAAAUGAUGAGAGUAAUUUAAGCAAAGAUUUGACCACAACUUCACCAAUUGCUCUUGGUAAACCUAUGAUUGAAAGUUCAAAGCCAACAUUGGAUUCCUCAGAUUGCAAUAGAAAGAAGAGCUGGGCAGAUAUGGUUGAAGAAGAAGAAGAAGAAACGUGUGAAUAUUAUUAUAAUCGGUGGAACAGUGAAGAAGUAUUUAGCGAGGAAAGUAUGAAAAUCAAUGGAAGUCCUUGUCUACAGACUCAGAUGAAAGCAGCAAGCAAAAAGCGCGAAUGCGUUCAGAGAUGGAAUAGUGGAAAUGAGUUCAAUGAUGAGAACAUGAAUUCAAACAUAGUCUAUGAAAGUCCUUACCUUCAGACUCAGAUGAAAAAUGUGACCCGAAAGCUCGAGUUCUGUAAUCCGAGAGAUGAGAACAGCACCCCUGGAAAUUCUGUUUGGUCAAGGAAUCCACCUGCGCGACGUAGUUUGUACUUUGGUCAGAACCAGAAGUGUGGAGAUUCGACAGCUUACUCUGUAAAGUCGAAGUUAAGGGGUUGUAUUUCUGGAAAUGAAAUCAAGCUUAUGAGGAGAAACAGGUUGAAGGUUUUUCAGGACAUCACUCGACACCCGGAAAGUCCCUGACCUUGAAGUUGAAAAGUUUCUGUCUUGGAUUGAUUAUCCUCACAUGUAUAAAAAGAAG